AUGCGAAGGACGGCGUUCAGCCUCCUGGUACUCUUCCAAUUUGCAGCGCCAGGGCUGUGCGCAGACAGCAGAAGACACCUCACCCAAGGGGGCCCACAGCAGCCACCACUGCUGCCGCUGCCUGCCUUGGGCUCGUACAAUGCGCAACAGCAGGCGUACCUGCCACAAUUGAACCAGCCGGGGCCGCAGCAAAGCUUUGCAGCAGCGCAGCAGCAGCAGCAGCAGCAGCUGCUGAGACAACAGCAGCAGCAGCAAACCCAGCCAAACACAUCCUUUGACAACCUAGUGAAGACUGCAGCUCCCACCGGUGGCCCAGGGCUGGCACAAGCGCCUGCUUGGGCGCCGGCCCCCGCAAUCACCUCCUUCAGCGCCUUAGCGCCUGCUGAAGGCAAUGGCUGCACACAGCAGGCUGCGGGGUUAGUAACCGGCGCAUGUUUUGACUUUUUGGCCCCGUUCCGGGCCGAUUAUGGGCGCCUGGCCGCUUACGGCGAUGCCGAGUUCCGGCAGGCAGUCGCGCUGGGAGCCACGCCGAGCGACGCGUGCUGCGAGGAUGCUCGCGAAUUUGUCAGCGAGACAUGCGGCUGUGAUGUGCGCGUCGCCUCGGCUGCGCCUGCGCUCGGCAUGCGCCCGGAGGCGUUCCCGUUAGUGGCGAAAGCACUGGUGAUGGCCUGCCCGAGGUAUAACAUUGUGGACCCCUGCCGGCAAAGCACAGCGUCCACAACAGCAUUCGUGGUGUUUGCCCCAUUGCUAGAGGAACAUGUCGGGGACGUGGUCUCGGCAUUUGAAUUCGUUACUCAAAAUGGCAUCCUUGCAGACACGCUCUUAUCCUCGGCAGGCCUCAUCAAUGCGCCCUCAACGCUCCUCCUGGAUUUUGCCUUCACAGCAGGGGCGUACAGUCAACCAGGGCCCAUCAGCAUGGAGCCCGGCUUCGCCCCAGUACCUCCCAGUGACCAAGACAUUUCUGCUGCUGAGAUUCGGGAGAUCGCACGCUCUUUUGCUCACCUGCCGCUGCUGCCGGUCAAUUCUUCCUCCCUCGAUGCUGCCAUCGCUUCAUUCCCCGGGCCAGAGGCCGCGGAUGCAAAUGUGACCAUCCAGUCUGUUCAGAAGACGGCGGAGACAGCUGCACUGGAGACCAUUACCAGCAUGCAGGCAAAACUGGCGGCUUUGAAAGCCGUUGAUGUGAGUUCUCUGUCACCGGCUGACUCAGAGACACACAGGCUGGACGUGCGGGUGUUGGAGCUGCAAAUAGAGGAUGAGCAGAGCUACCUGGAGACUGUGCGCAGCUACCUGCCAUCACUACAGCAGGAUCCGGACGGCGACGGCUACGUGGAAGCUGACCUGGCAGUGCCGCUGGCGCCAUCCGUAACGGGGCGGCGGCUGCAGCAGGCAACGCCGUCGACCGCCCAGACGCUGGAAAGAAGCAACAAGGAGGUGACUCAGAAUCUGCAGAAGCUCAUCGAGACCAAAUUCACGCAGAGAUUCGGCGAGGAGCUUAUCAGGAGCGUGGCUAAGGGCGCUGUGAGUGGCAUACUCAGCAAGAUCCCCGUGCCCAUCGUGGGCGAAGUACUUGGGAAUCUAUUUGGGACGCUGAUAGACCCGCCCCCAGAGGAGCCCUGCGACCUUACAUGCACCUGGGAAGCACUCAAGUCACGGGCCAAGGACCUUGUGAAGAGCCUGCUCCGCGUUGAGGACCAGAGGAACCUGGAGAGACAGCUGGCGGACAUCCGAGCGCGCUGGCAGGCGGUGAAGGUCUACGACGGGCUCACCUCCUGCAGCCCCCCUGGCACAGCCCCGGAGACUCGCCGAGAGCAGUACGGCGUCCGAGUGACCGCGCUUGACGGCACCCUUGUCGGCGCCGAGGGCAGGUAUCUGCCUCAGGUUCGCAACAAGACGCCGGAUUUCAGUAGGGAUGCUGCGGCGUACCUCAACUACCUGACUGCAACGAAGAGUUAUGUGGCGGCCGUUGCGGCUGCGCGGCAGGCCGCAAUCAACCAGCGGCGCGCAGCCGUCACCAUUGUGGCUGCCAACUGCGGUGUUUGCAGGGAGCCCUUUGCAAACUUCAACUACUACUACCGAGACUUUGAUGUCUCUGUGACCGUGAAGGACUCCUUUGUGAACGAGGGUUCGGAGACGAAGCAUUUCGUGAAGUGUGUUAACCUCCCUGUGAGUGACGCGGACGAGCCUGGCAACCCCUUCUUCCAGAGGUCGUUCACCUUCAACAGAGCCUGCGGCAGGGUCCAACGACAAAACAUUGAUGAGGUGCAAGCACAGCAAGACCGGGUGUUUGCGCUAUAUGAGAGGCAGCUGGAUGAUUUCCUUAAACCAACCCUGCUUUGGGCUCAAUCCUUUGACCCAUUUGCCGUGCCAAAGUGA